AUGUGUGGAAUUCUCGCUUGUAUUUUCCAUCCCAAUGUGGAAGCGUAUCGCGGAAAGAUGCUGAACCUUUCGCGGACCAUUCGCCAUCGUGGUCCUGACUGGUCCGGUGUUGUGGUGUCGAAGGAAGAAGAUGCUGCAGAGCCUGGCAAGGGCAGCAUUCUCUGCCACGAACGCCUUGCCAUCGUCGGCGUCGACUCUGGCGCGCAGCCGCUGGUGAGCGACGACGGAAAGAUUGUACUGGCUGUUAAUGGCGAGAUUUACAACUACCGUGCGCUGCAAAAGAGUCUGAAACAUAAAAACAUUGAAUUCAACACGCACUCGGACUGCGAGGUGAUCAUGUACCUCUACAAAGAACACGGCUCGGACUUUGUCAAGAUGCUUGACGGUAUGUUCUCUUUUGUCCUGCUCGACAGGAGCGUCACUCCGCACCGCGUAAUUGCGGCGCGCGACCCAAUUGGUGUGACGACCUUUUACUAUGGCCGCUCCUACGAGUUCCCCGGCGCCGUCUACUUUGCAUCGGAACUCAAGGCUAUCGCGACUGCAUGCGAGCGUGUUGACUACUUCCCUCCGGGCCACUUUUACGACAGCGCGCGCGCGCAGGGCGAAGAACUCGUCCGCUACUACGAGCCGUCUUGGUGGCAUUCUGAGGAAGGAGGCAAAUCGCCGAGCAACCCCGCUGACCUCCCUUUGAUCCGCACGUCGCUUGAGAAUGCUGUGCGCAAGCGCCUGAUGAGCGAGGUCCCGUACGGUGUCCUGCUCAGCGGCGGUCUCGAUUCUUCGCUUAUUGCCUCGAUUGCCGCGCGCGAAACGGAAAAACAGGCCAAGCUGCAGGCGCAGCAGAUGGCCGACCACGAACAUGGACGCAAGGUGCGCCGCACCAACGGCGCUUCCGAUAAGCUCGCCGCGGAGGACGAGCGCUUGAUUGCGGCUUGGCCGCGUCUGCACUCUUUUUCCAUCGGUCUUCCAGGCUCGCCCGACCUUAUUGCCGCUCGCGAGGCUGCCGAAUUCCUCGGCACCAUUCACCACGAGUUUACAUUCACUGUUCAGGAAGGCCUUGAUGCACUUGCCGACGUUGUAUACCACUUGGAGACAUACGACGUGACCACGGUUCGUGCCUCUACACCCAUGUACCUUCUUUCGCGCAAGAUCAAGGCGACGGGCGUCAAGAUGGUACUUUCUGGUGAAGGGUCUGACGAGGUGUUUGGCGGCUACUUGUACUUCCAUGCAGCGCCGGACAAAAAUGCGUUCCACCAGGAGUGUGUGAACCGUGUCAAGAACUUGCACACUGCUGACUGCCUGCGUGCCAACAAGAGCACAAUGGCGUGGGGCCUCGAGGCACGAGUACCUUUUCUCGACAAAGCGUUUCUGGACGUGUGCAUGAACAUUGAUCCUGCGGACAAGGAAUUUUCUAAAGGCAGUCUACAAAAAAAGGACAAGGAUGACAGGCCGCUUAUGGAGAAGUAUAUCCUGCGCAAGGCAUUUGACGUGCAUCCCGACGAUAUUGAGGCGGGCCAAAAGGUGCCCGAUUCGCGCCCAUACCUCCCGGAUAGCAUUCUUUGGCGCCAAAAGGAGCAGUUCAGCGACGGCGUUGGCUACUCGUGGAUCGAUGGCAUAAAAGAGCAUGCAGAAAAGAUGGUCAGCGACGAAAAAUUCAACGAGCGCGCUGUGCGUUACCCCAUCGAAACACCGGAUACUAAGGAAGCAUACAUGAUCCGUGAAUUGUUCGAGUCCUGGUUCCCUACAGAUGCCGCUGCGCGUACCGCAGUGCGCUGGGUUCCCCGCGGCGAUUGGGGUUGUGCCGCGGAUCCUUCCGGCCGCAGUGUCGCUAUCCACGACGCGGCGUACCAGGAGUAG